ACCGUCUCACUGUCGGGAUCACCGUCAGCAGUCGACUCCACGAUAGCUCCGUCACAGGCGACCCGAUGACGAUGCCUCGCUGAAGUUUGAUUCCAGCAGUUGCCGAAGAGAUUCCAAGAACGAGAGAGAGAGAGAGAGAGAGAGAGAGAGAGAGAGAGAGAGAGAACCCGUGGAGCAGAAGACGAAGCUUCAACCGAGGUGUCUACUGCAGGACAUAGGAAAAACACCAGCAAGAACCUGGCAUGAAUAUGCUGAAGUCUCAUGCAAAUGCGGGUAAAAGCAAUAAUCCUUACAAAAAGUUAAGAGUCCAUAAGAUGGAGGGACCAGAAUCUGAUCAGUAUGCUGUGAAUUUCUGUGGAGAGGAAGAGGACUUAAGUGAGAAAAUGAAGGAGUUGCAGGGCUAUAUCAAGAUGGUACAGCAGACUGUGAAACCAGGGUGCUCUCCGGAGGUAGUGGAGCUCGCACUGCAUUCCAUGGCCAACCUCGUCGAAUUCCUUUCCUCUGUUUCCUCCAAGACGGAGCUAAUUUCUUCACUUUAACUUGCAAAUCCACUGCUGCUAGUUAGAAGGAUUAUGCAAGUUUGUCUGUUUCUGGGUGUAAUAUAGAUAGACGCACAUACCCACUUAAACGGGUAAAAAGGUGAACGGUGCAUUGGCGGGUGAGAGAAUUCGUUGUAGGUUGGAAAUUGGAGCGGGGAAGGAAAUUGGCAUGUGUAUCCUAAGCUACAUUAUGAUUAAAUUCUGUCAGAGUGACGGUUCAUGAAGCUCAGGAGAUGGUUUGUCCCGUGAACGUUGGGCGACGUGAUGUUAAAUUCUAAGUGAAGUCGCUUUUAACUUCA